AUGAAUACUGAUCAAUACAGAGAUAUUGAUGAAGAUCCUUCUGAUAUCAAAAAUAAAACUAGUAAUACUUGUGUUACAAAGAACUGUUCAAGGACUGAGGAUGGGACUGGACUGGACCAUAAUUGUUGUUUGUCUUCUUUCUGA